AUGUCAGCACUGCUCAGGUCUGUGGAAAGACUCACGCACAGCCAGGCUUGGAAGAUAUGCAGCACACGUUUGCUCCAGUGUUGUCGGUCCCUCCAUGUGGACAGCCAGCCUCACGCACCCUCUCUGACCAGCAGCUACGUGCAUGGCACCUCCUCCAUCUCUCUGCUCCCCAUGACUGUCGGCCAGUGCCUGGACGUCACGGUCCAGCGCUGGCCGGACCGCGAAGCUGUCGUCUUCUUGCAGGACGGCAUUCGUAAAACAUUUGCACAGUUUCAGCAAGAUGUUGACAAGACGGCUGCAGGUCUGCUGGCUUUGGGCCUGAAGCGAGGCGACAGACUGGGAAUUUGGGGACCCAACACGUAUGAGUGGAUCCUCUUCCAGUUUGCAUCGGCCAAAGCUGGAAUCAUACAGGUGUCAUUGAACCCGGCCUAUCAGGUGAAGGAAGUGGAGUUUACUCUCAAGCAGGUCCAGUGUAAAGCCGUGGUCUGCCCGACCCGCUUUAAAACCCAACACUUCUGUGAGAUGCUGAGGGAGCUCUGCCCAGAGAUCGACACCACGCCCGGAGGCUUGAUCCAAAGCUCCAGGUUGCCAGACUUGCGCAUGGUGAUUGUGACGGACAGCAGGCAGCCGGGGAUGCUCCACGUGGAGGAUGUGAUGCAAGCGGGCGAGAGUCGGCACCACAAGGAGUUGAUGGAGCUGCAGAGAAAGCUGUCCUUCGAUGAGCCCAUCAACAUCCAGUUCACAUCAGGGACGACGGGGAGUCCAAAGGGAGCCGUUCUUUCCCACCACAACAUUGUAAACAACGCCUACUUUUCAGGUCUCCGAAUGGGUUUUGGACAGAGACCUGAAGUGCGAGUGUGUUUGCCCGUACCCAUGUACCACUGCUUUGGGUCUGUGUUGGGAGGGAUUAAUAUGGCUGUGCACGGCAUCACGCUGGUCUUCCCUUCCCCUGGCUACAACAGCCAAGCCAACCUGGAGGCCAUUCAGAGUAAAAAGUGCAAUUUUGUUUAUGGCACUCCCACUAUGUUCACCGACAUGCUCAUCCAACAGGAUUUACACAAGUACGACGUGUCAUCAAUUGAAGCUGGCAUCAUGGCCGGUUCUCCUUGCCCAGCUGAGAUUGUGACCAAACUGAAAACAGUCAUGAACAUGAAGGAGAUAACGUUAGGUUAUGGAACCACUGAGAACAGCCCCAUUACAUUUCUGGGAUUCCCACGAGACAACGACGAGCUCAAGAUAAAUACUGUUGGAUGCAUCAUGAGCCACACUGAGGCUAAAGUGGUGGACCCAGACACUGGGGAGAUUGUCCCUCUGGGGGCUUCAGGAGAGCUGAUGAUCAGAGGCAGCUGUGUGAUGCACGGAUACUGGAACAAUCCCGAGAAAACCAGAGAGGUCAUCUCCCAAGACCGCUGGUACAGGACCGGAGACACGGCCAGUCUGAACAGUUUGGGAUACUGCCGCAUCGAAGGCCGCAUGAAGGACAUGAUCAUCCGAGGAGGAGAGAACAUCUAUCCCGCUGAGGUCGAGCAAUUUCUCUUCACACAUCCCAAAGUACAGGAGGUGCAGGUUGUCGGGGUGAAAGACGAGAGGUUGGGCGAGCAGGUGUGUGCCUGCAUCAGGCUGAGGAAGGACCAGACAUCCAGUGCAGAGGAGAUACGAGCUUUCUGCAAAGGCCAGAUUUCUCACUUCAAGAUCCCACACUAUGUGCUCUUUGUGGACAGCUACCCUCUGACAGUCUCGGGAAAGAUCAAGAAGAACAUAUUAACGGAGCAAAUGGAGAAGAAAUUAGGCCUUUAAUUUUUGUGGACCCACAUCGACUUUGUUUGAGUGCAUCAGCUGGAAAAAUG